AUGAUGCAUCACGGUACCCUUGAACCGAGGAGCCCUGGCGGUGCGUCGAGCGUGAAGAGGUCGCACAAUCUGGUCGCAGAGGAGAAGGUCCAGACCGGUUCGACCUGCGGGCAGCAAGAGGCUGAACUGGGACCCACAGACGAGGGCUUUGCUGACGCGAAGAAGGUCUGCACGCAGCUGCAGAUUCCUCAGCACAAGUAA